AUGAUGUUCACUUAUUGGCCGCCUGUUAAACAUUGCUUUAUAUGCCCCCCAAAUACUAAUCAUCAUUAUUAUCACCCUUCUUCUUCAUUACCUCUUCGUUGUGCCAUUUCUUUGGGUGAUUUGCCUGAUCACAUUUUUCUUCAAAUUUUAAAUGAUCAAAAACAAAUUUUGAAUUCCCAUCAACAAUCAUCCUCUUCCUCCUCGUCAACACAAUCCUUUCCUCAAUAUAACAAAAUAAUGAAGAAAGCAACAAUAAUGAGUGAUGAAAAAUUAAAUGAAGAAUGGGAGGAAGAUUAUGAUAGAAUUGAAAUUUUACAAAUGCGAACGAGCCAAAAAUCUGUUGGAACCCAAACAGGCAACAACAAUAUUCCCUUAAAAAUUGAGGAAGAAGAGUUUGAAGAUAAUGAAGAAGAUUCCAAUAUUAUUUGUUCCCAAAUAGCUCAAUCCCUCUUAGACAUUGCUGAUCGGUGGGCACAACAACAACAAGAAAUUCCGACAAAAUCUUUUUGGUUGUUUGGUUGGUUAAAAAUGAAAGUUUUUAGAUUAUUUGGAUAA